CGGCAGUUUAAUCGCUUUACGGCACAAACCCCAAGCCUACUGUCGCUGUCAUGUAAUAAUUUUGUCCUUCAUGUAAUGCGGAGUAUAUAGACUUUGCCUCCCGUAUUCUGCAUCCAUCAGACCAGUCAAAGCCAAAAUGGCAUAUCGGAUCCUCAAGUACUCAGUGCUUCUUCAGAAGUACCGGACGCCAAUUCUCAUUGCAAGUUGUGGUGGGGUUUUUGCAGCCAAAAUGUUCUACCAUGUCUUCCCGGACUCAUCAUACCGUCAACUCUAUCAGGCCUGGCACAAAGGAGAGCCUGUCACACUAUCUGACAAGUUACAAGCUGUUUUCCAGCAGGUUCUGAAGGACUUUGGCACCAGCUCAUCCGGUAACUUCUCAGCAUUUGCCUCUUUUGGCUUCCACCCAGUUGGUGCUGGUGUCCCAUGGCUCCCUGCAGGCGCCCAGAUUGGCAUACCAGCAAAUUUUAACAGCACGGUCGAUGACUCUAGUGGAAUCACAAACCGCCACAUAUUCAUAAAUGGCAAGACAGUAGAGUGGGACAGUGAUUUGGGCACUGCCCUAAAGGAAUCUUUGAUGUUCUCCUCCGAGGCUCAAAAGUUUGCUAUUGCCAGGGAAGUUGCCCGCUUGCAGUCUGGAGGGCCAGUUCUAAAUGCAGCAGUGGCGCCCGCUUGUCUAAGUGGCGUUUGGGUCUACAGUGUGGUGCUGAAGCAUGUGUUUUCCCUCCACUCCGGUCCCCUUCUUUACCGAGGGGUCGUAAAUGUUGUGGCAUUGGGGCUUGGAGCCGUGUCCUACCUGCUUACGUCAGAUGCGGUCAGUCAGUGGAUUGAUUCGGUCUCGGACAGAAGGGCAGCCAGCUUAUCACGUGACUAUGCUAAGGGUGGAGUGGAGUUUUAUGAUAAGAUCCUGUCCAGAAAUAGGACUCUGCGCUCACUAAUGGGCCAAAAAGGAGAGACUAUGUAUGCGCCCAGUGGAAACCUGUUCCCGGCUCACCUGCUCCAAAUGAAGCACACUCCGUACACAUCCAGGAGAGAUGGAAUCAUCAACAUGCUGAAUAAAGAGAAGGUCUCAUAGGGUGUUUUGACAACUUGGUCAAAUGUGUACUCUGGCACUCUGUUAUUUAAAUAAAGUUCAACCAUCUAUGUAAGAUAAUCAAUUUCUCACCUCCCUCAAAUAGUGGCAAGGUUCUUCCUUAGUGACGCAUGCAAAUGUUAGUCUUUUCAUUCAUUUCAUUGUCAUUUUACAUGACAUCAGAUGAAACAUUUCAGAGCAGUGCUUUCAAUAUCACACCGAAUUGUACAAGGUGGUGUGUGUGUGUGUGUGUGUGAGGUGUCUGAGAUGGACCAGACCAGGGUGCCUUUUUCCCCAUGUUGCAAUACAAAUGUGUAAAUGAAUGAAGAACAAAAAUUACAUUUUGUUCUCAAAAGUGAAUGAAAUGACAAAAUUGCAGUCAAUGACUCAGCAACUCAAAUUAAUUGCCGUCUGCGCUGAAAGAUUGUUUUGACUAAUUCUUAAAUUGCCAACAAUGAGUGCUUGCUGUUGAGGCUGAAUGUUAUUUAACACUUUAAUCUCUUAAGUAGAAAGCCAUCAAUGUUAAAAAAAAAAAAAGGAAUGUGGGUAUUUAACAACGUGCUAGUCAUCCUCUGGCUGUAUCCUGGAGUUUAUUGAAGUUCAUCAGCCACUCCGAUGUAUCCACCGCUUUCUUUGAUACAUUGGUCCUCUGUCCUGUUCUCACACUCCACUCCUUUGUUUUGUUUCCCCGAACCAACAACAAUCGAUUGUUUGUUUCAUUUUGCUACUUACAUGGACUUCCGCUAGAGGGCACUACAACCCACAUUACAAUGCCACCAUUCGUCACGCUCUAUUUUACGGUUUUCAGCCGAGCUCUGUCGUUUUAGCUUCAUUUUAUUACUGUAACGUAUUAUUUUCAAUCAAUGACUUUGCAGUAAGACGCAAAUCAUUCAACCACAACAGUCUGUGAGCAAAGGGUUACUUUAAUUUAUUUAAUUCCGACUUCCUUGUAAAUAUUCGUAUCGUGUGUUAGAAUUCUUUAUAAUUUAUUCCAUUCUAUAUUUAUGGAUUAGUGAAUCCUCUUUGAACUGCGUUAUCACAGAAGUACUGUCCAAAUCUAUGCUUCCAUGUAAAAAUCUUUUUUCAUCACCUAAUUUUACUAAGUGUAUGUGUCAAGAAUUGAACAUUUCCGGUGAACAUUUCCUUGCAUCAGGUCAGUUGUCCGGUAUACCAAAAUAAUCCAUCUAAAUAGCCAUUUGAGACUUGCGUUUGAAAACACAAUAUAUU